AUGGUACUUGGUCUUUCGGCUUGUUCUAAUGUGACAAACAGUGAAAUAUCCCAGGCAAUCAUUAUGACUGUCAGCGAGACAAGGUUUGUCAGGGGAGGACUAAGGGAUACAAAUAGCGCUUUGAAUAAUGGAAAGACGUCGACUGAACUGAUAAAGAAACUCAUAAAUGAAGCUGAUGAGGCACCUAAGCCUGUCCAGCAUACUUUCAUGACGAUCUGGAGCAUAUUACAAAGCCGCUUUGAAUCAGGAUCUAAGAAUUACCACCGAGCAACAAACCUCCAGUACUACUACAGUGGAUACUUGGAUUAUGGCUGUCCCUACGGUAAAAGUGGUAAUGUUGAAAUUCAAAAGUUCGACUACAAACAGACAAUGAAAGAAAAUCCAGAAUUCGUAUGUACUCUCGCUCACGAUGGUUGCCAUAACGAUAACGAUUGUCAUUACGUAAUUGGCGUCAAGUGUGCUUGCAGAGGAAAAACGUGCGUUCGCUACCAUUCGGAAAAACAAAUAACAGGUCAAAUCAAACAAAUGGCAUACAUCAACAACCACAACUGGAUGUGGGAAGGAUGCAAUUGGAAAAAGUUGUGGAUUGAGUGUGGUUGCUACAAUAAAGAUCGCAAUGAAGGGAAGGUAAAAAGGAGUGCAUUCACCUGA